GGCAACUCUCGCCUCGUCGCUAAAGGCGAUCGAUUCCGUCCUCCAAAAGAUAGGCCUGGGGGCAUGGGAGAACCCAAACACCAUCUACCACUCCGCUAAGUUCAGGACGGCGACAGACCCGCUGGAUCGUGUAUAUGGUAUUAUGCAGGUCUUCGGGUUCCGUCUCGGAGCAACAAACGAUCCGUCCAGCUCCUUUACUCUUGACGAACUGGAAAGCCAGUUCGCCUUGGAAAUCAACGCGAUCUCGCCGAUUUGGGCCCAGCUUUUUGUUCAUUCACGUCAAGCGCCUAAGGGGAAAUGCUGGCGUAUUAGCCAAGACUCUCGCAUCCCCCCACAGUCUUCGAUUUGCAGACGUGAUUCCCGCCAGCAUGUGCUCGGUCAAGCUGAAUUCUUCGGGUCGCCCUGAAUUCGCAGGCUUGACAAGCCCUUUGGGACGGCUCGCAGAUCUAUGGCUCUGACUGCUGCGCGCAACGAAGGUUACCACUUCUGGGGAGUUGAGGGGGCUAGUCAUUACAUUGCCCUGGACGAAACACAUUUCUCAAAUGAAUAUGUGCCGGAGCCGCUACGCGACAUUUCACCAGAAGACUAUGACAGCAACAAUGCACUUUGCAAGCUGUUACUUGAGACGACUGGGGAUGAGUUGGACGUGUUAUUGUUAGGAAGGCUGUUGAAUGCGGAUGAGUUGGACGAGGAAGACCCGGAGAGUAUGGGUACCGUAGCCCUGCUUGCGCGACGUUCGGACAUGGAUGGCGAAAUGGUGUGGGAACGCCUUGGUAUCUGCGUGUGGGCUACGAGAUAUCUAGAGCAUGAAAAGGGGAUCUGGAAGUCACGGGAAUGUACUCUAUGCUAA